CACACAAACUGCUCUAUAAAACAUCCAGAGAACACAGAUUGAGCACGUGUGAUCUUCUGCUCACUGACAGACACAAUGAAAGGUAACCUCAGCACCAUUCUUUGUGCCCUUAUGGGCCUUUUGGUUUCUGAAAUCUCCUGUCAGGCRCCCAAGAGCCCAGAAGAAGAAGUAAAGUUUCUGAAAGUACGACUCCAGCUGAUGAAGAAUCAUUACAAGCUCAUGUGUAACCAGUUCUCCAGUUUGGCACAGAACUGCUCAGCUCCAGCUAUCAGAUGCACAGAAUGCCCUGAUGGUUGGCUCCAGGUUGAGGAUCAGUGCUUUUUCCUGAGCACCAAAAAGCAGAACUUUUCUACCAGUGCUGAGAAAUGCAAAGAUAUUGGUGCCCAUCUUGCCAUUUUGACCACGAGAGAGCAGCAUGAGGCUGUGGAAAAAGAAGGCAGGAGGCUUGGAUGGUCCCAAACCUUCUACUGGAUUGGACUGAGCGACUCUGAGAAUGAAGGAGACUGGAAAUGGGUGGACAACUCGAUGCUCACAACUUCAUUCUGGAAUGUGCAAAAAUCAGAACCAGAUAACCACACCGAUGGUGGGCCGGAGGGAGAGGACUGUGCGGUGGUGGACAGCUUCACUCAGAGCUGGUACGAUGUUCCUUGUGGGUUCUUGUAUCCACGGAUCUGUCAGAAACCRGCCGUCCCGUUGAUCGAAGACUCUUAACACAUCACAUCAGAAACACAACUCAAGGAUAAAAGAUCUUCCCUUUAAUUGAAAUCUUCAUGGUACAUGUAUGACAUUUAUGUACA